AUGAUGAUGCGGUUAGGGCGUGUGUCGCCGGUGCGAUUCUUUCCUGCCAAAAUAAGCCCGCAGCGGUUCUGGCCGUGUUUGCGGAGCUUUUACUCGUAUUCAGGGCCACUUUUGCAGAAAUCUAUGUCUUUGAAAAACAUUCAACUAUCAGAGCUAUCGUCACCGCCGUUGCUGAAGGAAAAGGAAAAGGAAAAGGAAAAGGAUGUCAAGACUUCGUUUGGUCUGUUGGACAGGUUUUCGGAAAACUUCAUCGCCCAGGGAAACGGGUUGAAACCCACUACUUCUCAGAAUCAACUGGACACAAUCAAGUUUUAUCAGUUGCUGCGUGAGAGGGGCAGCUUCUCGGACGAACAGUGUAAAAACAUUAUUUCUUUGCUCUUGCAACUGUUGAAUAACGAGUUCUAUUCUAACUACAAUGAGUUGUUUCUUAGAGAUAUGGAACUGAACAAGCAGUCUCAUCUGUUCAGUUCCCUGGAGACUGAACUGAAGUUUGCCAUCCAAAACUCCAGGGACACGCAGCUGAAUGAGCAUCAUUUGCAACUCUUGAAACUUAAGAGAGAGCUGAACUCCAUCCAUGACGAACUGAACGAAGUUAUAAUAAACUCUCUGCAAAAGGACGCUAAACUAGAGUUCAAUAACCAGAAACUGGAGAAUACCCUACUGUAUAAGCAUAUCAACCUGAGGUUGAACGACUCUUCCAACAAGAUUCAAACCAAGAUACUGGGCGAAAUCAGGUCCCACAUCGAAAAUUUAAGAUGGCAAACAACAAGAAGCGGUCUCUUAAUCAUACUGGUCCUUGUUUGUUCGAUUAUGAUCGGAGUAAGUGCGUCGAAAAAGGAACACGCGGUAGUACCACAAGAACCGACAGAACCGAAAGAGCCAGAACCCCCACUACCGGAUCAAGUUCCAACAACACUCUCCCCCGAGACCAGCUUGAAAUAA